CAAGUCAAUUUGGCGUCAACGUCUUGUUGCAAAGGUUCCUUUUUGAACCUCUUUAACCUUGUGACUUUCUGGUUUGUAGCCACACGCCAUCUCUCUCUCAGUCCCUGAGAAGCCGAGAAUCCGCUCUCCCUCUUUAUCUAAAAUGGCUAAUAAGCACACCAUUAUUCUGAUGCAGACUUCUCAGAACAGGGCGACAAGAACAUUUAUGGAUUAUGGUUCCAUAAGUCAAGCUAUGGAUGGUAUAUGCGGACUAUAUGAAAGGAAGCUUAGGGAGUUAAAUCCAGCCAUCAGAGACAUCACUUAUGAUGUUGCAGAUCUUUACAAUUUCAUUGAUGGCCUUGCAGACAUGAGUGCAUUAGUUUAUGAUCACUCAGUCCAGGCUUAUUUGCCAUACGACAGACAGUGGAUCAAACAGCGAACCUUUCAACACCUUAAGAAAAUGGCGCAUUAAAUGACACAUAUUCGGCAGCUUAUUCUCUAAUUGUUUCCAAAAUUUUCUGUCCGACAUUAGGGGUAUGAACAAAGUGUAGAAACAGAGUCUUAUGGACUGUUGUGCUCUUGAACUGAAGGUCGUAUAAUAUUUGACAGUUGUGGUAUCUCCCUAAAGAGCAAAUGUAGCUUUCCGCCGAAGUUCCUGGUGAAAUGUAAACUGGUGUUUGUUUUUAUUAGUGUGCUUUAUAGAAAGAUAGCCAGCAUCUAUCAAGCUUGGCCUUUCAUA